AUGUUGGACUCCGUAACCCAUAGCACCUUUCUACCCAACACAUCCUUCUGUGACCCCCUGAUGUCUUGGACCGAUUUGUUCAGCAAUGAAGAAUAUUACCCUGCCUUUGAACAUCAGACAGAUGCUGAUUCCAGUUGCUUGAAAACGAGUGGCAUCAAGAGUCAGGACUGUCACAGCCGAACAAGCCUCCAAAGCUCUCACCUGUGGGAAUUUGUCCGAGACUUGCUUCUGUCUCCUGAAGAAAACUGUGGCAUCCUGGAAUGGGAAGACAGGGAGCAGGGCAUUUUCCGAGUGGUUAAAUCAGAAGCCCUGGCCAAGAUGUGGGGACAAAGGAAGAAGAAUGACAGGAUGACCUAUGAAAAGCUGAGCAGAGCCCUGAGAUACUACUACAAAACGGGGAUUUUGGAGCGAGUUGACCGGAGGUUAGUGUACAAAUUUGGAAAAAACGCACACGGGUGGCAGGAAGACAAACUAUGAUCUGCGCACACCGAGCUUGUUUGACGGAUUUCUGUUGUUUGAAACAAUCAGAUCAAAAUAGACAUUUGAAAGUCUUCUUCUUCCUCCUCCCUGUCCUCCUCUUCAAAACCUACAAACACGCUGAUAAAAUCUCUGCACGUCUCAGCUCUCAUUUGGAUUCAGUUGUCGUCUAUUGGGGUGACGGCAGAACCCCUUAAGCAAGUGUCUUCACCCCAAGGGGGAGGAAGGGAUGGUCUUUUGUGGCAACUUGGUGAGACAUUAUUUCCCUAAUGAAGUGUUUGGAGCCGAGGUAGUCAGUGUUAUGGGUACUGCUUCCAAAGAGGGGCCCAUUGCACCAUUAAGGACACGUUACCCUCCUAGUCCAGAGGUUCUGAGCGGUCAGCUGAGGCAGCUUACCUGGGAUUAACUUUUAGGAGCAGAUGAAAUGUACGGACGGCGUGCUUACUUUAGAUGUGAAAUUAUUCCAUAGACAAACUGCCUAAUAAAAAAGCUAAGUCACUAAGCUGGGACCUAAUUGAAUGUAGCUUAGUUAAUGAUAAGUUUCUUAACCAGAUCAUCAUUUGUGACCACAGAGCCACAGCCACUUGAUCCACAGCCAACCCCUCAGAACUUACAUACUCGUAAUUAGCCACACUGGGAACUGUUACUGAAAUCACGGCCCCCUUUCUCCUCGCUGGUGGCUAGCGUCAUUUCUACAGACUAGUCAACAGACAUGUGCGUUAAUUCCCAAAUCACUGCUGUUUCUGUGAUUCAAACUGUCAACCUGAUCAAACCAGAACUCAUUGAUUCCCUCUGGGGCUAAGACGUUAAACCCUUGUAGAGCAGACAGUGUCCAUCAGCCCACAACAGCCGGGCACGUCAUCAGUUUCUCUUCCUUUCAUACCUGAUGAGUGCUCCGACUCUACCACAGAGUUUUAUCUCUUGGUAAAAGUAAGAACAGUGAAUUUGCAACAAUAAGCGUUCACGGGUUAGAGUCUCCACACCUGCUGUUGGCCUGCAACAAGGUGAACCACCCCCAACCUGGACUUCCCCAGAGCUGAGACUGCCAAGUGAUGAGGCACUGAAUAGCAAUGCAGGCUGAAGACCUCUCUGUUUAGAGUUUAACCUCAAAAAGCAACUUGUUUUAAAAAAAAAAAAUGUGAAUUACUGUAAAAUAAUCUAUUUUUGGAUUCGUGUGUU